CCUCUUUUUGAUCUGAAUUAAAUAAUUGUAUACAGUAGUAUAACACUUCUUUCAAAGUCUGAUUAUUGUAGAUGUUUAGAAAUAAAAAUUUUCCAAGUAAAUUGUGUCUCCUCAGUGUCACACUUUGUACACGUGCAGUUAUAAAAUGACUCUAAAACGUUAUUUUUCGGUAAAACCUUGUCUGAUUCUAAUUAUGCUCAUAACCAUGAGCAAUGCAAGCUUUGACGAUUCUCCACAGAAAAUAGAAAGGUUUCGACGCUCUCCGGCAUUCAGACUCAACAAACUAAGCAGCAUUACACCACCGUCCCUUCCAAACCCAACAUCAAUGUUUGAUUCGAUUCGAGAGGAGAUAAGCAAGAUUGGAAAUAUGUCAGCAAGCUUGGAGAAAGCUUUGGAAAUUGAGAAAAAUGCGAGACUUAGUUUACAGAAUUUUGUAGACAGCGUAAAAGACAGGAUUGAAACUUUGGAAAAUGCAGUCUAUCCGGAUGAAACUAACUAUUGGGAAGAAUCAACAACUUGUGGCGGAUUGGUGGUUUCACAAACAGGAAGGAUUUCAUACAAGUUAGAUACCAGUUAUGAACAUUACGAGAAAUGCGUAUGGACUGUGAGAACCAACCACCGAUCAAAGGUGAAAAUUCAGCUCAUAUCACAUGAAAUGGAAUCUGGAUAUGAUUACAUCGCUGUUACUGAAGUCCACAAAGACGUUGAACCAAAAAGUACCAAAUUAACUCACAGAGGAAAAUAUGUGUUUGCUGGACCUUUAUUGUUGAUAACGUUUGUCGCCGACGGAUCCGGUAUUGGUAACGGAUUUCAGCUUGAAUUUGAGGGAAUUGGUAGCAACAUUAAUAAAGAUGUCACAUACAGACAUUUUCAUGUCAACAAUGUGUCAGGAGCUUUUUCCUCUGAGAAUGUGACAGCCUUACAAAAAUCGCAAGACUUACAUUUUCCAGUGCUUAGGAAUCCCACUCUAGAGUUGACUACAGUAGUUUUUAAUCCGGAUAUCAAAAAUGCAGCACAACUCAGCAUCACAGUAAAUGAAGAAAGCCUGAAUUUACAACCCAAUACUUGUGACCAAGCAUCCUUGACAUUUUAUGCCUAUUUGGAACAGAAGGAUCCUCUAAGCAGAUGCUGUGGAGUAAAAUGUGACAGUGUGGCGACCUUUAGAAAUGAUGACGGCGUUCUUCUGGCCCUGAUCCGUUCACAACCACAAUCAGAACCAUCAUUACAUAUUUCUUGGAAUGCAAGAACUGAUGUUCGUCGAUCUGACUCGGUCGAUACUUGUGGGGGUACAAUUUCUGGCAGACAUGGUAGAAUUGCUUAUAAGACUGGGAAAAAUUUCGACAGUAACGAAAGAUGUGUUUGGGCCAUAAAACCGACUGGAAAAUCCAAAAUCAAAGUAAUUUUUCGAAGUGAGGCGAUUGAAGAAGGUUACGAUUAUGUUGCGGUAUCCACAUUUGAUGAACAUUCUACAAUCAUUUCAACCAAAAUGCAACAACGGGUCGUUUACAAUUUCACCGGACCGAUUAUCUUGAUUACCUUCUAUUCUGACGCUUCAAAUGAAGGGAAGGGAUUUGAGUUAGAUUGGGAAGAAUUUGGAGACCGUUUAUUAUCAUCCAAUGAUCCAGUCUACUUUGAUCAGGAUUCAGGAACUGUGUCGCUGUCUUUACAAUCCGAAGCUAACCAAAUCGUUAUUGUUAACCCAAAAUAUUUAGAUGGUAGCUCAGUGAAUUUGAAAAUGAACUCGUUUGAAUCUACAUCAGAACCACAAUUGCAAGGCCCAGAUAGCGAUAACGAUGGUUUAUUCAUAUUUGGAAAUGACGAUGACACAUUUUCUUUAGCUCAAUCAUACAGUGACCGAGGUGUUGAAGCUAUACCCGAAGAGUUUUCUGCAGUUGGAGGUGUAUUUAUCCUUCUGAUAAAAAUCAGCAAUCCCGAUAGUAUUACCAAAAUUGAGCUAACAUGGGGAAAAGGAUCUCCGCCGAUAAAACCAAACUUUGACAAUUUGCAAUAUGUCAACAACACUGACCAUUGUGGUGGUGUCUUGGUUGGAGAUGCUGGACAUAUUGAAUACAAGUUGCUUUCUCCUUAUGAAGAAAAUGCGAGAUGCACUUGGGUGGUCGAGUCGAAACAAUUGUGUAAACUCUCAUUCAAGUUAAUUAAGGACGGAUUCGAGAGCUGCUGUGACUUUUUGAUUCUUGCUCCAUUGAAUGUUGAAACUGGAACUUUAGGAGAAAGUGUGAUCAUAAAUCGGGAAAAUCGAAUCCAAAGUUUUACAACACCCGUUGUUUUCAUCAUGUUUUACUCUGACCAGUCAUUGGGACAUCAUGGCUUUAGAUUAGACUUUACCACAAGUGGUAGCGAAAUGCCAGUUGGUCGGGUUGGGUUUUCUCACAAAACUUGGCAAGAAACCCCAGGAAACGUCUCUUUUAGCACAGGCCCAAAGGACGAGGAAAAUCUUGUAGCUGAUAAUAAUAAUGGGAGGACGCAGAUUGUUACACAAGUCCUCAAUUCCAAUAUGGACGGCACCCCAAUGAUCCCGAUCUCCGUCAAUCUACACACAAAUGACUUUCGGGUGAACGAUGCCUGUCAUCAGGAUAAGGUAUCCUUCUUCCAGAUAAAAAAUCCAAAGGAGGAAACGUCGUUCUCUAAAACGGUCACAUGUUCUGACGACAUAAGUGCAUGUGCUUGUCGACCGGCGACACCAAUGUCCACCGAUAUCGAAACGUUCCAGAUGAAAGAAGCUUUCUUCAUCAUGAUUUUUAAACCGCUUGAAUCCAACAGUACGGCAUCCUUCCGUUUCAAUUGGACAGUUGUAGAUUAAAUAAACUCUACAAAAAUAUUUGUAUGAUAUUAUAGAAUCAAUAGAUAAUCAGUUUAUUUGCUGGACUAGUAGUUAG